GUACACCGAACGUUCUGGGGUAGCACAGAGCAAAAGGUUAUCGGUGAGCUAUUGUAAAUGAAAAGCAAUUAAGCUGAUCGGUAAAUUGAAGGCAGGCUGAAAACACGUUUGACAAAAGACAGGAAAAUUGAUCAGACGGACCGUGCGCGCGUGUGGUGUAUAAAAGCUGCUGGUGUUAGUAACAGAGUACAGUUACUUUGCAGGACGAAUCAUGAACAUGGAUUAUAAGCAUUUUGAAGGAACAGCUCUCGAACCAUAUGCACAUUCACCUGAAGGCUCUGCCUGCAGCUCGAGCGGGUCAGAAACAAGUUUAAGCCCGACACCAUCGCCACAAGCUGCAAUGUUUUACCCGCCAGGACACAGACUUACACUCUCGUACCACAAUCACUGUCAGUCGUACAUGAAACGACUCUACACAAACAGCAGAGAGCGGUGGAGGCAACAACACGUUAAUCUGGCGUUUGGUGAGCUAAGAAAACUACUUCCAACUUAUCCACCAGAGAGGAAACUCUCUAAGAACGAAAUCCUUAGACUUGCUAUGAAGUACAUCCGAUUUCUGGACGAUCUUCUCAAAGACAUGGGCGACAACAGCAAGCAGAAUCAAGAUUCACGCGAAGAUGUCUCUGACACAAAGCUCAAAGAAGAAAGACGAGAAAAAGGACAAUUACACUGCAAAAGACAAACCAACUGUUCUCUUUCAUUAAUGGAAGGAAUGGAAACAAAUGUUAUCGACUCAAACGCGCCAUCGAUAUUUGACGCGCAUUAA